UGUGUUUAUGUGUGAACACUAGGGGUCGCUGUAUCUCUCUGUGCUGUGGCGUAUGACGCUUCUUUGAUUCUAAUACGGAAUUCCCACUAAUCUCACUCAGUCAGAUACCGACAGCACAGGCCCACAACUCACACAGCUCGACACCACAAACACACAGAUACCCUGCUGAAGCGGUUAGGCGGCGCAGUAACCGUAGAUCAACCUGCAGCAUCUGUGAAGUGGAGCGGUACUGAUCCCCAAAACUGAUCCUCUCUGAAUGCCGUCCAGCAUGGUGGACUACAUGUGAAGCAGCAGCAUUCUGAAGAGAAACCAAAAGGAUUUACCUGACAGAAUCAGACCAGCACAGAGACAAUGUCAUCCAUCAGAACCCAGAACACCCAUGGGCUCAAACAGAUUGGGCUGGACCAGAUCUGGGAUGACCUGAGAUCAGGAAUACAGCAGGUCUAUACACGCCAGAGCAUGGCCAAGGCACGCUACAUGGAACUCUACACACAUGUGUAUAACUACUGUACCAGCGUGCAUCAAUCCAACCCGAUCAGGGGUGGCAUCCCCUCUUCGAAACCCUCCAAAAAAACUACAGCACCUGGGGGCGCUCAAUUUGUUGGGCUUGAACUCUACAAAAGACUGAAAGAGUUUCUGAGAAACUACCUAACAAAUCUUCUCAAGGAUGGAGAGGACCUGAUGGAUGAGAGCGUCCUGAAGUUUUACACGCAGCAGUGGGAGGACUAUCGCUUCUCCAGUAAAGUGUUAAACGGGAUUUGCGCUUACCUCAACAGACACUGGGUGCGCCGAGAGUGCGAUGAGGGACGCAAAGGAAUUUAUGAAAUCUACUCGCUUGCAUUGGUCACUUGGAGAGAGUGUUUAUUUAGACCACUAAACAAGCAGGUAACAAAUGCUGUGUUAAAACUCAUCGAGAAGGAAAGACAUGGAGAGACUAUCAACACCAGACUCGUCAGUGGAGUAGUGCAGUCCUAUGUCGAGUUGGGUUUGAAUGAGGAUGAUGCGUUUGUGAAGGGCCCGACAUUAUCAGUGUACAAGGAGUACUUUGAGACACAGUUUUUGGCUGACACUGAGCGCUUUUAUACAAGAGAAAGCACAGAGUUCCUCCAACAAAACCCUGUUACUGAAUACAUGAAAAAGGCAGAGGCACGGUUACUGGAGGAGCAGCGGCGGGUGCAGGUUUAUCUCCAUGAGAGCACACAAGACGAGCUGGCUCGCAAAUGUGAGCAGGUCCUCAUUGAGAAACACCUGGAGAUCUUCCACACAGAGUUCCAGAACCUGCUAGAUGCCGAUAAAAAUGAAGAUCUUGGACGGAUGUACAACCUUGUUUCCCGGAUCACAGACGGGUUGGGAGAGCUGAAGAAACUCUUGGAGUCGCACAUUCAUAAUCAAGGAUUGGCUGCUAUUGAGAAAUGUGGAGAUUCAGCUCUUAAUGAUCCCAAAAUGUAUGUGCAAACAAUCCUGGAUGUGCACAAGAAAUACAAUGCUCUCGUCAUGUCUGCGUUCAAUAACGACGCCGGGUUCGUGGCAGCGCUCGAUAAGGCCUGUGGAAGAUUCAUUAACAAUAAUGCGGUAACAAGGAUGGCGCAGUCCUCCAGCAAAUCCCCUGAGCUUCUGGCCAGAUACUGUGACUCUUUAUUGAAGAAAAGUUCGAAGAAUCCAGAGGAAGCUGAGCUGGAAGACACUCUCAACCAAGUGAUGGUGGUUUUCAAGUAUAUUGAGGACAAAGACGUGUUUCAGAAGUUUUAUGCCAAGAUGCUGGCCAAAAGACUGGUGCACCAGAACAGUGCCAGCGAUGAUGCAGAGGCCAGCAUGAUCUCUAAACUGAAGCAAGCAUGUGGAUUUGAGUACACAUCCAAACUACAGCGCAUGUUUCAGGACAUUGGUGUCAGCAAAGACUUGAACGAGCAAUUCAAAAAGCACCUCUCCAACUCCGAGCCACUGGACUUGGAUUUCUGCAUCCAGGUUCUGAGCUCUGGCUCAUGGCCGUUCCAGCAGUCCUGCACGUUUGCUUUACCAUCCGAGUUGGAACGGAGCUACCAAAGAUUCACGGCUUUCUAUGGAAGCAGACACAGUGGGCGCAAGUUAACGUGGCUUUAUCACCUCUCCAAAGGAGAGCUGGUUACCAACUGCUUCAAAAACAGAUACACUCUGCAGGCCUCAACCUUCCAGAUGGCCAUUCUGCUACAGUUCAACACAGAGAACAGCUACUCCGUCCAGCAACUGGCAGACAGCACACAGAUUAAAAUAGAUAUUUUGGUUCAGGUUUUGCAAAUCCUACUCAAAUCAAAGUUGUUGGUCUUGGAGGACGAAAACGCAAACGUAGAUGAAAUGGACUUCAAGCCUGAUACAUUAAUCAGACUUUUCUUGGGCUAUAAGAAUAAGAAGUUGCGAGUAAAUAUCAAUGUGCCAAUGAAGACCGAGCAAAAACAAGAGCAAGAGACGACGCAUAAGAAUAUCGAAGAAGACCGGAAGCUCCUUAUUCAGGCAGCUAUUGUGAGAAUCAUGAAGAUGAGGAAGAUGUUGAAGCACCAGCAGCUUUUGGCAGAAGUGCUGAACCAACUUUCUUCACGUUUCAAACCUCGUGUCCCUGUCAUCAAGAAAUGCAUCGACAUUUUGAUAGAGAAGGAAUAUCUGGAACGUGUUGAUGGGGAAAAGGACACCUACAGCUACUUGGCUUAAAAAUCUUCUGUAAAGUUUGGUCUGUUAAAAUCAUUCCUGAUAUGAGGAAUAUCUACAGAGGACACAGACUUAAGAUCUGAAGUCAUUGCUGGCACAUUGGACAGUGCUACACUGGACUAUACCCUUUAAAACCAGACUGCUAAAGCGGCCAGUCUUUGUCUUUAAGCUGCUCAGGAUUGCCAUUUACUUUUUAAUGUGUAAAUAAACGGACAUUAAACUAUACUCAUAGUGGGACCCAGAUACAGGGUUGCAUGCUGUUGCCUAUCGUGAAAAAUAAAACCGCCGAUUAAUUUAAUUGUAAUAAAUUGAAAGGACUUGGAAACACGACUGCUUUUCAAAAAGGCUGUCGGAUGCAGAUGCAAAUACAUAAAAUGACACUUUUCAGCAGCACUCUUGAGUAUAAUCAUGUCUGACUGGUUGUUACUUGCCACGAGAACGCCAUUUGUAUAGUGCGGUUCAUUUUAUAAAUAUCAUGAAUAAACAAUUUUCUUUAA